UGAAGAAUUUGCGCAUUGUUCUGAUCUGAAGAUUUAAGUUUACAGAUCUAAGUAUUGAUUAUUGUAAAAUCUUGAACCUUUGUCUAAUGUAAAUAGCAUGUUUGAAUGUUAUUGAUACACUCCAAGUGGUAGUAAAGGCGAUUUGGUGUAAAUCUCCCUCCCCAAAGCGUUUAUUUCAGGUGAUUUAAACCCCGACAGACAAAACGUUUUGGCAGUAGAGUUUAUUUUGGAGUGUCGACAUGCCGGACAUAACAGGAACUGAGCAUUUGUGAAGAAGAAAUGCCCUUCAUUGUCAAACCAUUCAUCAUAAAAUACAUGAACGAUUCAGACUCGAAAUGUAAAGGAUGUAAAUCAAAAAUCGGGUCGGGCUCGCUUGUCCUCGGUUACGUGGCGGAUCAAGGACCCGACAAACGUGUGAGGUGUCUAACGAGCUGGUUUCACUAUAAGUGUUUCUGGACGUUGUGUGUGUACAAAAAUCAUCUUCGGGGCGUGGACCCAGAAACUCUCAACGAAAUUGUGUUUGGAAUUAACGGAUUAUCAAAAGCUGACAAAUUUAAUUUCCAAAACGAGGCCAGCAGCCCGCCAGCUUCCACGCGCAGACGCUCAAGUAGAACAUCUGAGAGUAAUAUCAUCGCAGCAAAGGAUGUCGGGAGUGUAGAAAGUGGCGAUUACGAAGUAAAUGAAAACGUGUUUGAUUUGUCGGACCUGGUAUGUGCUACUGUGUACAAACACCAAACUAAUGUAUUUGUCAGCAUACGAGAAUUCUUCCUGCUCAAGGGAUCCAACGUUGCAAAACCUUCAAAGAGAGGAAUUUCUUUAAACAAACAUCAGUGGCGAGAACUGUGUUCGAUUCAAAAUGGAAUCGAGGCGGCUACAAAAAUAAUGGCCGCUAGAGAUUCGAAAUCUAAAGAUGCAAAAGGAAAAGAUAAGAAGAGUAGGGGAGAUAAUUCUGAAGAAGAAGAGGAAGACGGCCCUGGACAGAUUUUAUUUUCGUUGUCAUGGAAGCGGCGAGUGAGUGUUUAUCAGCACCAGGAAGAAGUGAUCGUAGACAUUCGGGAAUACUCGGAAGAUCGAACAUUCCAGAGGUCAACCAAAGGUGUGGCCCUUAGUAAAGCUCAGUGGACAAAACUCCGAGAGGAAAUGCCCAAUAUAGAGGCCCUAGUACAGCAUAUGGAAGUGUGAUCCAAGUUACGCAUGCGCAUUUCCUUCAGUCUGCACAGAAUGGAAAUCCAAGUGGAUUUUUCUUGUUUGCAUUCAUUUUGACGUGUUAAAGAAAUAUUGCCUUCAUUAGUGCUCCGCCUUUGUGAAUUGGAGUGAACCCCACAGUAUUCAUACUUAUAUUGAAAUUAAUAUCAAAUUGAACUUAAACCCAUUUUACUUGAGUGGCAGUCUUAUUAAUGUCUCAGUAUUCAUACAUGUAUACACAAG